AUGAACUAUCAGAGGAGCUAUCGCUACAGCUGCGCUUUUGGUUAUACAAAUAUUCGGAAUUUCGGACGAAAGGAGGCCGCUAAUUAUCCUGAACUAGUGCGGGUAGUGAAGAAAAAGUUCAAGCUUGCAGAGUACGCUUUGGAACGUCGUAAAAAUCUUCCAAGUUUGGAGGAAGAAGAUUUAGAAAUGGAUGACUUUGUCGAGGAUGAUGUUGAAGAAGAAGGCGAUGAGGAAGAAGCAACGAGAAUUCUUGUGAAAGAAGAAGGCGAUGAGGAAGAAGCAACAAAAAGUCUUGAAGUCGCUAGGGAUGAGGGAGACGUACAAAUUGAGCCAUUCCUACUGCUGGUACAUUUGUGCAUUUUCUACCAAACCAAGCGAGUAUAUUAUGUGUUCAAUUCAGACACGAGACAAGGAAGUUCACAACCGCUAACGCAAACUAAAUCAUCGCCAAGGAAACGUCCCAGGGUGUUAUCACCAGUAGAAGAUGUGCCGGAAAAAAGUUUGAUCGGAAGCUCCGUAUUGGACUUGAAGGAAAAUGUUAGCCUGGAAGAAGGUGGCAUAGGGCCUUCAAUGCUGCAAGCAGCGCCACCUUCACCACUCAAGCAAUUCGAUCGACCCCCAACGGAUAGCGGUGAGGGACCAUCGGUGCGGCUCAACAAGAGGAAGAAAGUAGGGUUUAUAAACUAAAA